AUGUCACUCGAGGCCGAGACGAAGUCUGUUGUCGCUCAGUUCGACUUUACGGACGAGCAGGUCAACCAGGGCGUCAAGGAAUUCAUCCGCCAGAUGGAGGAGGGCCUGGAGAAGGAUGGAACAAGCCUGAGCCAGAUUCCCACCUACGUUACGGCCGUGCCCAAUGGCACUGAAAAGGGCCUGUAUAUGGCUGUUGACCUUGGCGGUACCAAUUUCCGUGUCUGCUCGAUCAAGCUUAAUGGUGACAGCACCUUCAACCUCGCUUAUAGCAAGGUGGCCAUUCCCAAGGAGCUCAUGGUGGCCAAGAAGGCCAGCGACCUCUUUGCGUUUCUGGCCCGGGAGAUCAAGCACUUUCUUCAGCAGCACCAUGGAGAUCACUUCGAGCAGCAUAGCCGCCGUCGCAUGACCUCCAGCUCCCCUGAUGGUUACAAGGAUGAGCAUGUCUUCCGCAUGGGUUUCACUUUCAGCUUCCCCGUUCAGCAGAUUGGUAUCAACAAAGGCUACUUGAUCCGCUGGACCAAGGGCUUCGACGUUCCCGACGCUAUUGGCAAGGAUGUGUGCGCCCUGCUGCAGGAGGAGAUCGACAAACUGCAUCUGCCCGUCAAGGUGGCUGCCUUGGUCAACGACACUGUCGGCACGCUCAUGGCGCGCUCGUACACAUCCCCCGGCAAGACCGGUGCCAUCUUGGGUGCCAUCUUCGGCACCGGCACCAAUGGCGCUUACGUCGAGAAGUUGUCCAAGCUGAAGAAGCCCUUGGCUGGGGAGUAUGAUAACUCAACUGGCGAGAUGGUCAUCAACACCGAGUGGGGCUCGUUCGAUAACCAGCUCAACGUGCUGCCUAACACUAAGUGGGAUGAUGCCCUCGACAAGAGUAGUGUUAACCCCGGCGUCCAAAUGUACGAGAAGCGAGUCUCUGGCAUGUUCCUCGGCGAGAUUCUUCGCUUGGUUCUUGUCGACCUGAUUAAGGAUCCCAAGAUCUCCCUCUUCCGCGAUGAGAACUCGAACUCUAAUGACUGGCAUUCGACCACCACUAUUGCUCAAAACUCCGGCAUCUAUCGCCAGUGGGGUCUCGAUACUUCGAUCAUGUCAGUUGCUGCUGCUGACAACACCCCUGAGCUCUCGAUCCUGCGGCAGGAGCUUGAGACUGUUCUUCAAAUCUACGCUCCCUCACUUGAGGAUGCCCAGGCCUUUAAGGCUAUCGCCAACGCCAUUGGUCGUCGUGCCGCUCGUCUCUCGGCUGUCGCCAUCGCUGCCAUCGUUCUCCACUCCGGCAAACUGUCUGACCCGGCCUACAAAGAUGAGCCCAUUGACAUUGGUGUCGACGGAAGCCUAGUAGAGCAUUACCCCUACUUCCGCGACAUGAUCUUCGAAGCUCUGCGCGCUGUCGAGGGCAUUGGCGAGGAGGGCGCCAAGCGCAUCCGCAUUGGCAUCGCCAAGGAUGGCUCGGGUGUCGGCGCCGCCUUGAUCGCGCUCAUCGCGGCCGGCAUGGAGAGCAAGUCGGCGGCUGCUACUGCUGCUACCGGCAAAAAGACCAACUCCCAGUUCAUCGAGGAGCUGCGUUCCGAAGCUAGAAGCAAGGAUAUCCCGAUGUUCACCAUCAAGCGGGAGGACUCGGAGAAGGCAGAGACCACCACCGACGAGUAG